AAGACCUAUCUAGCCGAGGUCGUCGGUGCGUGGCGUCUGGAAUCUAGAGCACCGCCAGCUCGGCCGGCACUCCGCCCUUAACUUUCACACCCACAACUAUUCAUUAUUCCCACAAGUAUUGAGUACAAUUAUUGGCGUUCUUUUACUGCAUUGCUGGUAUCUAUUGAUUGAAAAAGGUGAACAGACGCAUCCGUCAUGGAGCAGAUUCCUCCGCCGAAGGAGGUGAAAAUCCUCGAGACUGCCGAGGACAUUCAAGAGAGGAGAGAACAGGUCUUGAACCGGUAUGAAGACUUCAAGCAGGAAGCUCGCGCUAAGCGUGAGAAACUGGAAGAUUCAAGACGCUUCCAGUACUUCAAACGCGACGCUGACGAACUGGAGUCAUGGAUCCAAGAGAAGCUGCAGGCCGCGUCCGACGAGAGCUACAAAGAUCCAACUAACCUUCAGGCUAAGAUCCAAAAGCACCAAGCCUUUGAGGCCGAGGUUGCUGCUCACUCCAACGCGAUCGUCGUUCUGGACAACACCGGCAGCGAGAUGAUCUCGGCUGGACACUUCGCGUCUGAGACUAUCCGCAGACGUCUGGACGAGCUCCACCGUCUGUGGGAACUGCUGCUGUCCCGGCUGGCCGAGAAGGGCAUGAAGCUGCAGCAGGCGCUGGUGCUCGUCCAGUUCCUGAGGCACUGCGACGAAGUCAUGUUCUGGAUUCAUGAUAAGGAGACGUUCGUAUGCGCCGAGGAGUUCGGCUCUGACCUGGAGCACGUGGAGGUUCUGCAGCGCAAGUUCGACGAGUUCCAGAAGGACAUGGCGGCGCAGGAGUACCGCGUCACCGAGGUCAACCAGCUCGCCGAGCGGCUUGUGCUCGAGGGACACCCCGAGCGGGAGACCAUUGUUAAGCGGAAGGAUGAGCUGAACGAGGCGUGGCAGCGUCUCCGGCAGAUGGCGCUGAUGCGUCAGGAGCGUUUGUUCGGCGCGCACGAGAUACAGCGCUUCAACCGCGACGCUGACGAGACCAUCGCCUGGAUCUCCGAGAAGGACGUCGUGCUCGGCUCCGACGACUACGGCCGCGAUCUCGCUACCGUGCAGACGCUGCAGCGUAAGCACGAGGGCGUGGAGCGUGACCUGGCGGCGCUGGAGGACAAGGUGUCAACGCUGGACGGCGAGGCGGCGCGGCUGGCCGCCAUACACGCCGACCACGCCCCCGCUAUACACGCCAAGCGCGACGAGAUCGCCAACGCCUGGCAGCGCCUCGUUACCAAGGCACAGGAGCGUCGCACGGAGCUGGAGUCGUCGUACGCGCUGCACCGCUUCCUGGCGGACUAUCGCGACCUGGUGUCGUGGAUGAGCGACAUCCGCGCGCUCAUCGCCGCCGACGACCUCGCCAAGGACGUUCCCGGAGCCGAGGCGUUGCUCGAGAGACACCAGGAGCAUAAGGGCGAGAUGGACGCGCGCGCGGACGUGGUAAGCGCGUGCGAGGCGAGCGGGCGCGCUCUGGUUGAGCGUUCGCACCGCGGCGCCGACGACGUGCGUACGGCGCUCGACACGCUCGCCCGCGAGCGCGCCGCCUUAGACGCGCUGUGGGACUCCCGCCGCGUGCUCUACCUGCAGUGCAUGGACCUGCAGCUGUUCUACCGUGACACCGAGCAGGCUGAUACUUGGAUGCACAAGCAGGAGGCUUUCCUCGCCAACGAAGACGUGGGUGAUUCCCUCGACUCUGUCGAAGCUCUACUGAAGAAACACGAGGACUUCGAGAAGUCUCUCGCUGCUCAAGAGGAGAAGAUCAAGGCCCUUGACGAGUUCGCCACCAAGCUCAUUGAGGGACAGCACUACGCCGCCGAUGACGUCGCUCAGAGGAGGGAAAUGUUGUUGGAGCGACGUGCUGCUUUGCUGGAAAAAUCGAACCAACGCCGAGCUCUCUUGGAAGAUGCCUACAAGUACCAACAGUUCGAGCGUGACUGUGACGAAACUAAAGGCUGGAUAAACGAGAAGCUGAAGUUCGCGACGGACGACUCGUACCUGGACCCCACCAACCUGAACGGCAAGGUGCAGAAACACCAGAACUUCGAGCAGGAGCUGCUCGCCAACAAGCCGCGCGUCGACGAGAUCAACGCGCUCGGCAGCAAGCUGCUCGAGCAGGAACACUUCGCUAAACCUCAAAUCGAGGCGCGCAUGGCGGAGCUGGGCUCGCUGUGGGAGCGGCUGGCGCAGGCGUCGGAGCACAAGGGCGGCAAGCUCCAGGAGGCCGCCGCGCAGCAGCAGUUCAACCGCGCCGCCGAGGACAUCGAGCUGUGGCUGUCUGAAGUCGAGGGACAGCUCCUGAGUGAGGACUACGGCAAGGACCUCACCAGCGUGCAAAACCUUCAGAAGAAGCACGCGCUGCUCGAGGCUGACGUGAGCUCGCACGCCGAGCGAAUCGACGCGUUACGCGCGCAGGCCGAAACCUUCGUCGCCAAGGGACACUUCGACGCCGACAACAUCCAGGCUAAGAGGGACUCGCUGGUGGCCCGCUACGCCGCACUAGACAAGCCGAUGGCGAUCCGCAAGCGACGGCUGUUGGACUCGCUGCAGGCGCAACAGCUGUUCCGAGACCUGGACGACGAGGCCGCCUGGAUCCGCGAGAAGGAGCCCAUCAUCGCCUCCACCAAUAGAGGUCGUGACCUGAUCGGUGUACAGAACUUGAUGAAGAAGCAGCAGGCGGUGAUGGGUGAGAUGGCUCAGCACGAGGCGCGCGUGGAGGCGGUGCGGGCGGCGGGCGCGGCGCUCCGCGACGCCGGACAUUUCGCCGCCGCCGACAUCGCCGCGCGCACCGCCGCGCUCACCGCCACGUGGACGCAGCUGCAGGAGAAGGCUGCUCAGCGCAAGCAAGAUCUGGAAGAUUCCCUGCAAGCACAGCAGUACUUCGCGGACGCGAACGAGGCGGAGUCGUGGAUGCGCGAGAAGGAGCCGAUGGCCAACACGCAGGACUACGGCAAGGACGAGGACUCAUCGGAAGCGCUGCUCAAGAAGCACGAGGCCCUCCUGUCCGAUCUUGAAGCGUUCGGGAACACCAUCAAGGCGCUGCGCGAGCAGGCCAACGCUUGCCGGCAACAAGAGUCGCCGGUCGUGGACGUGUCGGGCAAGGAGUGUGUGGUGGCGUUGUACGACUACGCCGAGAAGUCCCCGCGCGAGGUCUCCAUGAAGCGCGGCGAUGUGCUCACGCUGCUCAACUCCAACAACAAGGACUGGUGGAAGGUGGAGGUGAACGACCGUCAGGGCUUCGUCCCGGCGGCGUACGUGAAGAAGAUCGACGCCGGCCUCUCCUCCUCACAGCAGAAUCUCGCUGACUCCAACUCCAUCGUCGCCAGGCAGAACCAGAUCGAAGCUCAGUAUGACAACCUGCUGGGCCUGGCGCGCGAGCGACAGAACAAGCUCAACGAGACCGUCAAGGCGUACGUGCUGGUGCGCGAGGCCGCCGAGCUCGCCACGUGGAUCAAGGAUAAGGAGAUGCACGCGCAGGUGCAGGACGUCGGCGAGGACCUGGAGCAGGUGGAGGUGAUGCAGAAGAAGUUCGACGACUUCCAGAGCGACCUGCGCGCCAACGAGGUCCGCCUCGCCGAGAUGAACGAGAUCGCCGUGCAGCUCGUCACCGUCGGACAGACCGAGGCCGCGCUCAAAAUCAAGACGCAGAUGCAGGAACUGAACUCGAAGUGGUCGUCGCUGCAGCAGCUGACAGCGGAGCGGGCGGCGCAGCUGGGCUCCGCACACGAGGUGCAGCGCUUCCACCGCGAUGUGGACGAGACCAAGGACUGGAUCGCGGAGAAGGACGGCGCACUAGCAACGGACGACCUCGGCAAGGACCUGCGCUCUGUGCAGACUUUGCAGCGCAAGCACGAGGGCUUGGAGCGUGACCUGGCAGCUCUCGGUGACAAGAUCCGUCAGUUGGACGAUACCGCCAACCGGCUAAUGGCGUCGCACGGCGACUCCGCUGACGCCACCUACAGCAAGCAGCGCGAGAUCAACGACGCCUGGACGCAGCUCCAGGCCCGGGCUAACGCUCGCAAGGAGAAGCUGCUCGACUCUUACGAUCUGCAGAGAUUCCUGUCUGACUACCGCGAUCUGAUGGCGUGGAUCAACUCCAUGAUGGCUCUGGUGAGCUCGGAGGAGCUGGCCAAUGACGUCACCGGCGCCGAGGCGUUGCUGGAGAGGCAUACGACUCAGCGCCUGGAGAUAGACGCGCACUACGGCGUAAUGCCGCAGGACCACCGUACGGAGAUGGACGCGCGCGCGGGCACGUUCCAGGCGCUGGAGCUGUUCGGCCAGCAGCUGCUGCAGGGCGGCCACUACGCCAGCGACGACAUACGCGACAAGCUCGCCAACAUGACGGAGGCGCGACAGCAACUCGAACAGGCGUGGGUGGCUCGUCGCAUGAAGCUAGACCAGAACCUCGAGCUGCAGCUGUUCUACCGCGACUGCGAGCAGGCGGAGGGAUGGAUGGGCGCGCGCGAGGCGUUCCUGCAGCCAGCCACCGCGCAGGACCGACCCGACGGCGCCGACAACGUCGAGCAGCUCAUCAAGAAACACGAGGACUUUGAUAAGGCGAUCAACGCUCACGAGGAGAAGAUUGCUCAGCUACAGACGCUGGCGGACCAGCUGAUAGCGUCCGAUCACUACGCCGCAGACGACAUCGACGGCAAGCGCCGCCAGGUGCUCGACCGCUGGCGACACCUCAAAGAGGCUCUCAUCGAGAAGCGAUCUAGGUUGGGUGAUGAGCAAACCCUGCAACAGUUCUCGCGAGAUGCUGACGAAAUGGAAAACUGGAUUGCGGAGAAGCUGCAACUGGCGACAGAGGAGAAUUACAAGGACCCCGCGAACAUCCAGUCCAAGCACCAGAAACACCAGGCGUUCGAGGCAGAGCUGGCGGCGAACGCGGAGCGCAUACAGUCCGUGCUCGCCAUGGGCGGCAACCUCGUGUCGCGUGGACAGUGCAGCGGCAGCGAGGACGCCGUGCAGGCUCGUCUGGCGUCCAUCGCCGACCAGUGGGAGUUCCUCACUCAGAAGACAACGGAGAAAUCUCUGAAACUGAAGGAAGCGAACAAGCAGCGCACCUACAUCGCCGCCGUCAAAGAUCUCGAUUUUUGGCUGGGAGAGGUUGAAAGUCUGCUGACAUCAGAGGACUCUGGCAAAGAUUUGACGUCGGUGCAGAAUCUCAUGAAGAAACACCAAUUGGUCGAGGCCGAUAUUCAGGCUCACGAAGGCAGAAUCGAAGAUAUGAACGCGCAAGCGGACGCGUUGGUGUCGUCCGGUCAGUUCGACAGCGCGGGCAUUGGCGCGCGUCGCUCCGCCAUCAACGAGCGGUUCGAGCGCGUGCGCAGUCUCGCCGCGCACCGCCAGGCGCGCCUGCACGAGGCCAACACCCUCCACCAGUUCUUCCGCGACAUCGCCGACGAGGAGUCCUGGAUCAAGGAGAAGAAACUAUUGGUUGCGUCCGAUGACUACGGCCGUGAUUUGACCGGAGUCCAGAAUCUCCUCAAGAAGCACAAGCGUCUGGAGGCCGAGCUGGCCAGCCACGAGCCCGCCAUCCAAGCCGUGCAGGAGGCCGGAGAGAAACUCAUGGACGUCUCCAACUUGGGCGUGCCCGAGAUCGUGCAGAGGCUGAAGGCGCUAGCUCAGGCCUGGGACGAGCUCCAAGCUUUGGCCGCUGAGAGGGGCACCAAGCUGCAGCAAUCGCUGGCCUACCAGCAGUUCCUCGCCAAAGUCGACGAGGAGGAAGCUUGGAUCAGCGAGAAGCAGCAGCUGGUGGUGGCGAGCGAGUGCGGCGACAGCAUGGCGGCAGUUCAGGGCCUGCUGAAGAAACACGAGGCUUUAGAGGCGGAGCUGGCCGGACGCGGCGAGCGCGUACGCGACCUGCUGGCGGACGGCGAGCGGUUGCUGGCGGCCGGCAACUUGCACGCCGACGCGCUCUCGCACCGCCUCGCAGCGCUGCAGGCCAAGCUCGAUAAGCUCACGGCGCUGGCCGCGCGACGCAAGGCGGCUCUCGUCGACAACUCCGCCUACCUGCAGCUGCUGUGGAAGGCCGACGUGGUCGAGUCCUGGAUCGCGGACAAGGAGACGCACGUCCGCUCCGACGAGUUUGGCCGCGACUUGUCCACCGUCCAGACGCUGCUCACCAAGCAGGACACCUUCGACGCCGGCCUCGCCGCCUUCGAGCAGGAGGGCAUCCAGAACAUCACGGCGCUCAAGGAGCAGCUGGUGGCCGCGGGCCACGAGCAGGCGGCCGCCAUCAGCAAGCGGCACGGCGACGUGCUGGCGCGCUGGCAGCGCCUGCUGGCCGACUCGGCCGCGCGCAAGCAGCGCCUGCUGCAGCUGCAGGAUCAGUUCCGACAGAUCGAGGAGCUCUACCUCACCUUCGCGAAGAAGGCUUCGGCGUUCAACUCGUGGUUCGAGAACGCGGAGGAGGACCUCACGGACCCCGUGCGCUGCAACUCCAUCGAGGAGAUCCGCGCCCUCCGCGACGCGCAUGCUCAAUUCCAGGCAUCUCUAUCGUCGGCUCAAAGUGACUUCGAGGCGCUGGCGGCGCUGGACGAACAGAUCAAGUCGUUCAACGUCGGCGCCAACCCCUACACCUGGUUCACCAUGGAGGCGCUCGAAGACACCUGGCGCAAUCUGCGCAAGAUUAUAGCGGAACGUGAUGUGGAGCUGACGAAGGAGGCGCAGCGACAGGAAGAGAACGACAAGCUGCGCAAGGAGUUCGCCAAGCACGCCAACGCCUUCCACCAGUGGCUCACCGAGACACGGUACCGGCUGCUAGGCUGGGACGGUACGUGCAUGAUGGAGGGUACGGGCUCGCUGGAGGCUCAGCUGGCGGCACUGCGCACGCGUGCGGGCGAGGUGCGCGCGCGACGCUCCGAUCUGCGCAGACUCGAGGAGUUAGGAGCUGCGCUCGAGGAGCACCUGAUCCUGGACAAUCGCUACACGGAGCACAGCACGGUGGGUCUGGCGCAGCAGUGGGACCAGCUCGACCAGCUGUCCAUGCGCAUGCAGCACAACCUCGAGCAACAGAUACAGGCCAGGAACCAUUCGGGCGUGAGCGAGGACGCUCUCAAGGAGUUCUCGAUGAUGUUCAAGCACUUCGACAAGGACCGGUCCGGACGUCUCAACGCGCACGAGUUCAAGAGCUGCCUGCGCGCGCUCGGCUACGACCUGCCGAUGGUCGAAGAGGGCCAGCCCGACCCCGAGUUCGAGGCCAUACUCAACGUUGUGGACCCGAACCGCGACGGGCAGGUGUCGCUGCAGGAGUAUAUGGCGUUCAUGAUCAGCAAGGAGACGGAGAACGUGCACUCCAGCGAGGAGAUCGAGAACGCCUUCCGCGCCAUCACCGCGCACCAGGACCGCGCCUACGUCACCAAGGACGAGCUUUAUGCGAACCUUACAAAGGAGAUGGCGGACUACUGCGUGGCGCGCAUGAAGGCGUAUGUCGACCCCAAGACCGAGCGGCCCGUGCCCAACGCGCUCGACUACAUCGACUUUACACGCACGCUCUUCCAAAACUAGGCACUUGCAGUUUGCACACUCCCCGCCGCGCAUAACACAUUAAAUACGUAAAACUA